AUGCCAUUGCCAUUGUGCCGAUGCCGUGUCUUGUACAUCGGCAGCUCGGUGCCGACAAUUACAAAAGACGGGCUUCAGGGUAUUCAGCAGCCGUUGCGCGAACGAUAUCCGGUUGAAGACACACCGGAGACGAGAGGCAUCGAUUCUUGGCUGUCUGUCUGGUCGAACGGAAUUUUGCUGGAGUACAUCGAAGGCGAAAAGAAGAGCGAGACGGCAUUUUUUCCGAUCAACACACUCCAUUAUUGUGCGGCGGUUCGCUAUGUGAACGUGAGCGGCUAUGCGGUCGAGGGCGGCGGCGAGCGGUUUCUGCCGCUCGAUUCGCCGUUCGCCAAUAUUCCCGACACACCGCACCCGCCAAUUUUCGCCGCGAUUCUGCGUCGAACCACUGGUGUCAAGGUCCUCGAAUGCCAUGGAUUCAUUUGCACAAACAAUAAAGCGGCGAAUGCGCUUGUCCGAUGCUGCUUUCAUGCUUAUGCCGACUCGAUUUAUCUGAAAAUGGAAGAGAAGAAUCCUGGAUUAAAGGCUAUUAAAGAAGGUUCGACGGGCGAGCGAUCACCAGGAUCGCCGGGAAGUGAGAUAGAAGAGAACUCAUACGAAGAAGACGACAAGGCCAUCAAGAGUUGGAACGAGAGACGACAACAGGACGGCGAAUACGACAGUGUUAGCAUCAGCAGCAGUUUGGUUAAUAAGAACAAGAAGGCUGCCAGCGAGUCGGGAGCAAUUCGCGGUGCUAUCGUGCCAUUUGAAGAGGGGCCGAGACGCGCUGGAAGCGAUAUUGAUCUUUCAUUCCGUGGCCCACAUCCGAUGCCGCCACCAUUUGGAGCCCGUCCACCACCGAUGCACCCAAUGCAUCAUCCACCAUUUGGAUUCUUUCCGCCACAUCCUCCACCACCGCAGGGAAUGCCGUUCCCACCUCCGCCACCACACAUGUUCGGACGUGGUGGCGCGCCAUUUAUGGGCCCUCCACCUCCGCCAAUGCAUAUGUUUGGCGGAAUGCCGCCACCAAGAGGAUUCCACCCGAUGGCGCACCCACCGCCACAUCCAAUGAUGUUCGGUCCACCUCCGCCGCGUGGAUUCCGUGGUGGAUUCUUCCCCCCUCCACCACCACACUUUGGAAUGCCGCACAGGCCUCCAAGUCCUGAUGGUCCAAUCAUCACUGGACCUGAGAGCAUAUACGGAACUAUGCGUCGUGGAGCGUAUGAAGAACCAACAUACAUGGGAGCAAAUGGAGGAAUCCCAGAAGCGAGCUAUCAGCCAGCGAACUAUACGCAAGAUCACUAUGAAUCUUAUUAUGAUACGUUUAAGAAGAGAACUUUGAAGAAGGGAGAAGCUGGAAGUGUGGCCUCGACUAGAGCGGAAAGUGUUUGGGAUCAGUAUGAAGCUGGAAUUUACAGAAAGCCGCAUAUCAAUGAGAAGGCGUUCAGUGGAACUUUGAGAUCAAUGGCGGCGAAAGAAACGAAUGACGCUACCUUGAACCGAUCAGAGCACGUUGAAGUUGCUUCACAGACGGUGGAAACAGAGAUUACUCGCCCAGACUCACCACCAGUUGAUUAUGAGGCUUUUGAGAGAAUGAAGCUCAAUGGCGACGCCAAAAACGCAACAACGAGGCCUGCUCAAGUCUAUUAA